AAAACCCCGUAAAAGCAAAACCCACCCGCGACUAAUCGACGCCAUUAGCGAGAGCACGAGCGCGGCACAUCGCAUCGCAUCGCACGCGAACCUUCCCCCCUCCUCCUCCCCUCCCGCACUCCAGUCCUGAGCCUGCACCCGCCUCUGUAGAAUCCCAUUCCCACCAACCAAUCCGCCCCGCGAUUUGAUCAGGGCCGGUGCCCGCUGCUCGUCGGCGUGUGGCGUGUGCGUCGACUGUCGAGGCGGCCGCGCGGAUGGCAGCGGUGGCGGAGGGCUCGCCCGCGGCCGCGCAGGCGGCUUCCGCGGCAGCGGCGGCGGCAGCCGCGGCCAAGGAGGCGGAGUACCACAAGGACGUGCAGAAGCUGGUGGACCUGCUGUCCAAGCUGAAUCCGGCCGCCAAGGAGUUCGUCCCGUCCUCCGCGGCCGCGACGCCCAGGAAGGGGCUGUCGGCGGACGCGCCCGUGUUCUACUACGGCUCGAUCGGAGGCCGCAACGGGGGGAUCGGCGCCGACGCCGGGUACAUUGGGUACCAGCAGCGCAUGAGGAGGAAUUUUGUAGAUAAUGAGAGGAGGAAUGGAUAUAUCAAUCAUGGAAGGAGGAGGACAAACGAGAGGGCAAGGCGUGCAGACAGGGAAGAGAGCAUCCGGCGAACUGUUUAUGUCUCCGAACUCGACCAUACUGUGACAGAGGAAAGACUUGCUGAAAUCUUUGCUAAUUGUGGGCAAGUUGUGGACUGCAGAAUCUGUGGUGAUCCAAACUCUGUUAUGAGGUUUGCAUUCAUUGAGUUCGCUGGUGAAGAGGGUGCUAGAGCUGCACUUAACCUUGGUGGCACAAUGCUUGGGUUCUACCCUGUUAGAGUCUUGCCUUCAAAGACAGCUAUCUUACCUGUGAAUCCAAAGUUUCUUCCAGCGACGGAGGAUGAGAAGGAAAUGGUCAUACGGACGGUUUAUUGUACAAAUAUAGAUAAGAAGGUUACCCAAUUAGAUGUAAAGAGUUUCUUUGAAGAACUUUGUGGCGAGGUCUCUCGUUUGAGACUUCUAGGUGACAAUGUACAUUCAACAAGGAUUGCUUUUGUUGAGUUUGUCAAUGCUGAGGGUGCUAUCCAGGCUCUGAAUUGCAGUGGGAUGAUUUUGGGCACACUGCCAGUCAGGGUGAGCCCUUCCAAGACCCCGGUGAAGCCCCGUUUAAAUCGGGUGGUGUCAAACUGACUGCUUCGGCGACACACUGGAUUGUUCACGGGAAGGCUGCCUGACCAUCACCUAUAGCUUCCGCGAUCCAGUGACAUUAUGAUGUUUCUGCUUAGAUCCUUGCAACGGAAGAGCGAUUUCUUCCUUUAACCAUCCCUUUUGCGAAACUGUUGGAAAGGGACUGGACGAAUCAGACCCUUGAGAGUCCCUCAUCUCGCAGACAAAUCUGUGAUGGAUGGAGCAAACCAUUAGAAAAACCUGCCAUUCAGAGUAAUUUCUGUGGCUAAAACAUGUUUCCUUGUUAUCUAUUUCAUUGGCUGUUAUUACUGUCAAAACGAAUGAUAAUUUAACGUCUUUACCUUGCGAUCGUCA